AUGAGGAAAUGCUUUUGGAAACCAGAAGAGGACUUGAUCCUCAAACAAUAUGUUGAGACAUACGGGGAAGGAAACUGGUCUACUGUGUCCAAGGAAUCAGGGUUGAAGAGGGGAGGGAAGAGUUGCAGGCUAAGAUGGAAGAAUUACUUAAGGCCCAACAUAAAACGUGGUGCCAUGUCGGAAGAUGAAGUUGAUCUCAUCAUUCGAAUGCACAAGCUUCUUGGCAACAGAUGGUCCUUGAUUGCUGGUCGACUUCCAGGUCGAACUGAUAAUGAAGUGAAGAACUACUGGAAUACCCAUUUGAACAAGAAUUGCACUCUCGGCAAGCGAAGAAGUACCAUGGACUCAAACAGCCCCAACCACAUUAAGAAAGAUGACAAAAGGAAGAGAAGCAAGAAACUCCGAGACGAUACGAGUCCAGGAAGCUACAAUGAAGAACUGGAAGGAAAGAAAGAAGAGAAAACAGAGAAUGCCGUUGCUGAUAUUGUUACCUGGAUACAAGAUUCAAUGGGUUUCAACACUUACCCUGAAUCUCCAAUAGUGCCAGACCAUACUGUCACAUUUGGGUUUGAAGGCGAGCCUUUUCUUGCCAACUUAGAUUCAUUUGUUUUUUGUGAACCAUUUGAGUUCAGUGGAAAGGACAUAUGCCUGCAGGAGACCGACCUGUUCAUUGCAUGAGAAGCCAUUCUCAUAAUCAAGGCAGGUUGGUCGUUUUUAGCAAGUAACAAAACCUAUGGAGAGACAAUCCCCAUAUGGAAGGAUGAGUCUACUUAGUUUUUUUUGAAAUAGAGGUAGCCGUACUUGGCCUUUCCUACAUAUUUCACUCUUUCUCUAUGACAAUCACAUUUUAGACAGUAACAUAAAUA